UUAAAAGAAUAUUGGCAGAGAAACAGCCCUGGUGGUCCAGCAGGAGCGAAGAAGAACAGGAAAACAAAUGGCAGUAGCCCUGAGACAGCCACUUCUGGUGGUUACCACUCACCUGGGGAUUCAGCAACAGGUAUCGCCGGAGAGGGCCCUACGUCAUCUGCACCCCUCAAGGAUCUGGAGAGCCCGUCCCAAGAACUAGCAGCAGUCCUGGACUCGAGGCCGGUCAAAAUCAGUCUACUGAAGAACACC